AUGGUAUCAACAUCAGACGAUGAUGAUGAUCAUGAUCAUGAAAAUGAAGGUAAUGAACAACAUCAACGAGUAACAACUAAUAACAAUUAUUUACGCAAAUGUCUUUUGUGCAAUAUUGAACAACCGCUUCGAAGUCAUCAUUGUGACUUUUGUAAUCGAUGUGUACUUAAAUAUGAUCAUCAUUGUCCAUAUUUAGAAACAUGUAUCGGUGAAUAUAAUCAUCGUUAUUUUUGGUGUUUUCUUCUUACAACAGAUAUACUUAUUGUAUGGUCAAUUAUGUUAUCCAGUGGUUCAUUUGUACCAUUCAGUGAUUGGUCAUCAUGGUUACAUAUAAAUAAAUUUCGGUUAUUUGCUAUGCAUGUUCUUAUUAUAUCGUUAUGUGCAACAACAAUACUUUUGUGUAUUCAUUCAUUUUUUGCUUUAACUAAUUCAACAACAUGGGAACGUGUAUCAAGACAUCGUAUAACAUAUUUAAAUCGUUUACCAGAUGAAGAUCUUAAUCCAUUUCAUCAAGGUUAUUGUCAUAAUUUUUUUUAUUCAUUUUUAUGUCAUCGUAUAAAAGAACAACAAUGGGAUAUUGUUUAUAAAAGACGUGUAGAAGAACAUGUUACUUUAUCUACUACUGCUAAUAAAACUGAAGAAAAAGUUGUAAGCAAUGGCGUAAAUCAUGAUUCACCUAUUGCGACUAAAGGCUUUGCCGUUGAAAGUGAUUCUUCUCCAUUUAAAUUAUUUGAUUUUGAAAGACGUGUACCAAAAGCAGAUGAUGUAUUCAUUCGAGUUCAUUACUGUGGUAUAUGUCAUUCAGAUAUUCAUCAAGCCAAAAAUGAAUGGCACACUGCAAAAUAUCCUAUGGUACCAGGUCAUGAAAUUACUGGUGUUGUUGAACAAGUUGGUUCAAAUGUUCGAAAUUUUCGCGUCGGUGAUCAUGUUGGUGUUGGUUGUAUGGUUGAUUCAUGUCUACAUUGCAAUUCAUGUAAGAAGAAUCUUGAACAAUAUUGUCCAGACGCAUGUUAUACAUACAAUAGUACUGAACUUGAUAAAGUAACACCAACAUAUGGCGGUAAAUAUCAUUAUGAAAAAAAAAAAAAAAUUAUUAUUAUUUCUAUUAUAUUACUUGUAGGUUAUUCAAAUUUCAUUACUGUUAAAGAACGUUUUGUUUGCAAAAUUCCUAAAAAUUUACCAUUAGAUGGUGCUGCACCAUUACUUUGUGCUGGUAUUACAACUUAUUCACCUUUACGACAAUAUAAUGUUGGAAAAAAUACACGCAUGGGAGUUAUUGGUCUUGGUGGUCUUGGUCAUAUGGCUGUUAAAUUUGGUGUAGCUAUGGGUGCAGAUGUUACUGUUAUUUCAACAUCAGAAUCAAAACGUGAUAAUGCAACAAAACUUGGUGCGAAAGCAUUUCUUGUUUCAAAAGAUGCAGAACAAUUGAAAGGAGCAGAAAACUCAUUUCAUUUUAUUAUUGAUACAGUAUCAGCACCACAUGAUGUUGUUUCUAUGAUUAAUUUAUUAUCAUUUCAAGGUGUUUAUUGCAUGGUCGGUGCAUCACCAAAACCAGUAGAAAUCCCAACAUUUGUUCUUUUGUUUAAACGACCAAUUGUUACUGGUAGUCUAAUUGGUGGAAUGAAAGAAACACAAGAAAUGCUUGAUUUUUGUGGUAAACAUGGAAUAACAUGUGAAAUCGAAAAGAUAGAAGCAACACCAGAACAAAUCAAUGUAGCUUAUGAUCGAACACUUAAAUCAGAUCUUCUUAAAUAUUUAUCAUUAGAUGCAGCGGCACCAUUACCGUGUGUUGGCAUCACAACUUAUUCACCUUUACGACAAUAUAAUGUUGGAAAAAAUACACGCAUGGGAGUUAUUAGUCUUGAUGGUCUUGGUCAUAUGGCUGUUAAAUUUGGUAUAGCUAUUUGUGCACAUAUUACUGUUAUUUCAACAUUAGAAUCAAAACAUGAUAAUGCAACAAAACUUGGUGCUAAAGUAUUUCUUGUUUCAAAAGAUGCAGAACAAUUGAAAGGAGUAGAAAACUCAUUUCAUUUUAUUAUUGAUACAGUAUCAGCACCACAUGAUGUUGUUUCUAUGAUUAAUUUAUUAUCAUUUCAAGGAGUUUAUUGCAUAGUCGGUGCAUCACCAAAACCAGUAGAAAUCCCAACAUUAAUUCUUUUAUCUAAACGACCAAUUGUUACUGGUAGUCUAAUUGGUGGAAUGAAGGAAACACACACAAGAAAUGCUUGA